CCCUCCUCCCUCCUCCCUCCUCCCUCCUCCUCCUCUCUUCCCAGGGCCUGGCGGGCUGCGGAGUUGGAGCCGCGCGGGGAGCAGCCGGCCCCCUCCCCACUCGGUGCCCCGCGCGCGGGGGGCGGCUCCGCGGCCGGUGCCUCCAGGACGGCGGCACAAACUUUCCCGACUGUUUGCGGACACCGUCCCGAGAGCCCCGCACGGCGGGGAGGAGGAGCCAGGUCUGCGGACAGGCAGAGUCCAUUGCCAGGAGGAGGAGGAGGAAGUGCUCAUGUCCAGUAGUCGAUUUUCUGCCUGUAUGAUUGUGACAUUCUCUCUCGCUUUCUGUUCAUGAUUGCUCUUGGACAAAAUUGAGAAAUUUUGAAAGUCUUCUGGGAGUUUCCAGCAGUGCCAAGAGUUGGAGAAAUCUUUUCUGUUCCUCUGAUACAGUGAAGUGAGCAAAUACAGCCCAGCAGUAGGCUACUGAAGAGAGCAAUCACGGGUAACUGUGUUAUUUACAAAUUGAAGGUUUGUGGCAGCCUUGCCAGCAAGCAAGUCUGUCAGCACCAUUUUUCCAAAGAAACUUGAAUGCAGUGGUUUGGAACUGAACCCACAACGUUCCUGAGGUUUCAGAAGAUGACAGUGAAAUGUGAUGAAGUUACAUUUCUUAUAUGAUACUUGAAAGUCAGUGACUGUUUGCCAAAUUUUCCCGAAAAUUAACUAUGACUUAGAAGCACUGAUUUACGAAGGUUUAUGAUGUCAUCGGUUACUACAGAGAACAAAUUCCAGCAGGCUGUGAGCCUGCAGGGAGUUGACCCAGAAACAUGCAUGAUUGUAUUUAAAAACCACUGGGCGCAGGUUGUGAAGAUCUUAGAGAAGCAUGACCCCUUGAAGAACACCCAGGCAAAAUAUGGAUCCAUCCCUCCAGAUGAGGCCAGUGCUGUACAGAAUUAUGUAGAACACAUGCUCUUCUUGCUCAUUGAAGAGCAAGCCAAGGAUGCUGCGAUGGGGCCAAUUCUGGAGUUUGUGGUCUCAGAGAACAUCAUGGAGAAACUCUUCCUUUGGAGUUUGCGGAGGGAAUUUACCGACGAGACUAAAAUGGAGCAGCUAAAGAUGUAUGAGAUGUUGGUCACGCAGUCACACCAGCCUCUGCUGCACCACAAACCCAUCCUAAAGCCCCUGAUGAUGUUGCUGAGCUCUUGUUCGGGAACAACCACCCCUGCUGUGGAGGGGAAGUUGGUUGUCCUGCUCAAUCAGCUUUGUUCCAUCCUGGCCAAAGAUCCAUCAAUUCUGGAACUCUUCUUCCACACUAGUGAGGACCAAGGGGCAGCCAACUUCCUCAUCUUCUCCCUUCUGAUUCCCUUCAUUCACCGAGAGGGGACAGUAGGGCAGCAGGCCCGAGAUGCUUUGCUGUUCAUCAUGUCUCUGUCUGCUGAGAACAACAUGGUGGCCCGUCACAUCGUGGAGAACACCUACUUUUGUCCAGUCCUUGCAACCGGGCUCAGCGGGCUCUACUCUUCGCUGCCCACGAAGCUGGAGGAGAAGGGCGAGGAGUGGCACUGCCUGCUGGAGGACGACUGGCUGCUGCUCCCCUCUCUCGUCCAGUUCAUGAACUCCCUGGAGUUCUGCAACGCCGUCAUCCAGGUGGCUCACCCCUUGAUUCGCAAUCAGCUUGUGAAUUAUAUUUACAACGGAUUCUUGGUCCCAGUCUUGGCUCCUGCACUCCAUAAGGUGACUGUGGAGGAGGUUAUGACCACAACUGCGUAUCUGGACCUUUUUCUGCGUAGUAUCUCUGAGCCAGCGCUACUUGAGAUCUUCCUCCGUUUUAUCCUCUUGCAUCAGCACGAGAAUGUCCACAUCCUAGAUACUCUCACGAGCCGAAUCAACACCCCAUUUCGGCUCUGUGUGGUGUCCCUGGCAUUAUUUAGAACUCUCAUUGGUUUACAUUGUGAAGAUGUGAUGUUACAACUAGUUCUAAGGUACCUGAUCCCCUGCAACCACAUGAUGCUGAGCCAGAGGUGGGCCGUGAAGGAGAGGGACUGCUACUCCGUGUCCGCGGCCAAGCUGCUGGCCCUGACCCCCGUCUGCUGCUCCAGCGGGAUCACCCUGACGCUCGGCAGCCAAGAGAGGGAUUAUAUCCUCUGGUCAAAGUGCACGCACGGCGGUUCAGGGACCACGGAGCAGCCCCUGCCGGAGGCGUUCUCCCCGUCGGCCUGCAUCGUGGAGUAUGGCAAAGCCCUGGACAUCAGCUACCUGCAGUACCUGUGGGAGGCCCACACCAACAUCCUCCGCUGCAUGAGGGACUGCCGAGUCUGGUCUGCCCUGUAUGACGGAGACUCCCCCGACCCCGAGACAUUUCUCCAGAGUCUGACAGAGGACAGUGCUGUCCACUCGGCCUGUCCUGUGCUCGGGUUCCCGCAGCAGCUCCCCAGGAAGACAGGCCCUGUGCUGGCUUCAAGAAAGGAGAAGAGCCAGACAGAGCUGGAGUGGGAUGACAGCUAUGACACGGGCAUCUCCUCGGGGGCAGAUGUGGGCUCCCCGGGGCCUUACGAUGAUCUGGAGAAUUCGGGCCCACCCGCACCGGUUGAUCCCCCCAAACACAUCCAAGAGAUGAAGAAGAACGCCAUCCUGCUCUUUAAAGGGUCCUACAUUGAAGAGUCUGACUUUCAGGAUGACGUGAUGGUGUACAGGCUGUGUGCUGAGAAGGACUCGGAGGAUGCCAGGAGCUCCCAGGACGGAAGCGCAGGGCCCUCCACCCCGGCCGAGAUUCGGGGCCCCCCCCUGAGCAACGGCCCCCUGCCCAGCAGCCCUCAGUCAGAAACCGACUCAGAGGAGGAACAGGAUAGGGGCAGCUCGUGCCUGUUUGAAAAUGUGGCCGAGGAACCCCACCAAGAAGAUGAGCCAGAAGUAGCCCUAGGGUCAAGCUGUGAGCUAGCACCUUCCCUCUUUGAGGAAGAACACAAGUCAGACGUGGUGGUCGGUAACCCAGGGGGUGAGGAUUUCAUCGCCCAGUAUGACCAGAUCAUCAAAGAGCUGGAUUCUGGCACCGAGGGCUUCAUAGAACAGAGCUUCCCCUCAGCCGAUGUCUUGCAUCUUCCGGAAGAGCAAGGAGGAAAGGAAGAAGAGAGUGAAGGAGAAAAGGAGGCAGAGCCGGGGAGGAAGGCCCCCGAAGAGGAGGAGGACGACUUCGAUUCGUUUAUAGCAGAAACCCCGACCACGGACACCGUGCCAUCCCCGUUUGGGGCGAGAGAUGAGACUGCCUUUGCCAGGCACCAUCCCGUGAGGACUCAGAGCACCCCGUUCACAGGCCCCUUCAUCAGUGUGGUCCUGUCAAAGCUGGAGAACAUGCUGGAGAACUCUCUACAUGUUAAUUUGCUGCUUAUUGGGAUCAUUACUCAGCUAGCCAGCUAUCCCCAGCCCCUCCUGCGCUCCUUUCUGCUCAACACGAACAUGGUCUUCCAGCCAAGCGUCCGUUCUCUGUAUCAGGUCCUCGCGUCGGUGAAAAACAAGAUCGAGCAGUUUGCUUCUGUGGAGAGAGACUUCCCAGGGCUCCUCAUACAAGCCCAGCAAUACCUGCUCUUGCGAGUGGACAUGUCCGACUUGAGCCCUGAGGCGCUAACCAAAGAUCCCAUUCAAGAUGCUUCCAGGACAGGAAUUGGCAAGAACCUUUUGGAUGAUCCCCCAAGAGUGCUUCAGCCCUUCCUGACAAACAGAGCCAAGGUGGCUGGGGUGCCGCCAAGCCUGCCCCUGCCCGUGAGGAACACCAUGCUGGCCGCUGCCCUCUUCCCCGAGUUCCUGAAGGAACUGGCUGCCUUGGCCCAGGAACACUCCAUUCUGUGCUACAAGAUCCUCGGCGACUUUGAGGACUCCUGUUGUUAGCUUUUUUUUUUUUUUUUUCUAAAUAGAGGUUCUUGUUUUUUAAGGUUUUAGUGUCUUGACUGAAUGUUAAAUGCAAAGCUGCUUACAGAAAUUUCUACUUUGAUAUUUCCUGACAAUACUUGAUUUGUGGGGAGGGCAAUUUUCUGUAUACCUCCUCUUUCUCUAGCCGGGUCUUUCCACCUUAUAUAGAAUGUAAGUCUCAUAAGCUGGUGGCUCCUUUGGCAGGUUUUCCUUCUUCCUCCUCCAGUUUUUUGGUUGUUAAAUUCUCCCAUCCCUUUGAGUCACUCAUCUUGCAGCUUAGGUCACACUAAGCCAAUCCUGGGGUUCAGUGAUUUCUGCAGGUGCCCCGGGUCAGAAGGCUGAGCUGUUCAACACACACGAGGAGUGCACAUCUGCUCCGCUGCCUUCUGUGUUCUGGCUCCAUUUCACAAAAGGGAAGAAUAAAGAUGGAGCCCCUCUUGCCUCCAUCACGCAAGCACACAUCUUAUGUCCCUUUCCAUUUUACUUCCAAGAUUUGCACUCUGCCCAAACCGUGUUGCCUUAUGGUACGGGCAAAUCCACCGGUCUCAGCUCUCUGCCUGGGAAGUCAGAUGUAGUGGUGGAGAAUUUGGAAUGCAGGGAAAUUUUCUUGUUGCUUGAGAGCUUUCUUUAAUCAGUAUAUCACUACCUAAACACUGGAAAUGGCCUUAUUUUAGUAAGAGUUGCACAAAAUUAAAUAUACAAACUGUUACAUUGGGUUUUAGGACUUUGAUGAAGCAAGCAGGGUAUCAUACACUUCUGUAUCAUUAUUUUUUAAGUGUUUUAUGAAAGGCAAACAAUUUGUGAAGCUAUGUCACAGUGGGUUUUUUGGGGUUAAGGGGAAGUAUGGAGUGGGGUGGUGGGAGGAAGGAUAAAGGUAAACUAAAUGCAGCCUGUAAAAAAUACUGGCCACUGUUUUAGAUUCUGUGUGCUUUCUCUAAUAUGUUGCACUUUGCAGAGAAACAGGAACUGCACAGCCUCUUUGGGACCCGGGAUGGAAGUGUGAACAGGUCACGGGGAGCCCUGCAAAGCUAAGUGCCUGCUGGUGACUCACUGCACACAGAAAUGCUGCCUUCUGAGUAAUGGGGUUCAUUAGAAGGCCCCAACAUGAUGUAUUAGCACCUCUGUGCUGCUUUGCAGCCUGCUCCAGGAGGCGUAAUUAUACCUAGCGCCAGUCUCCUUAAACCACCAAGAGGGAGAAACACACACAAUAAUUGUGCAUUAAAAAUGAGACCAUAAACAGCUGAUAUUUGUGGAUAUCCAAUUCCUGCCCCCACCCCUUAUUUUGUGCAGGUGAGAAGCACAUAACAGGGGUGGGCCUCCCUGUCUGGAGGGAAAUUGGAAGUCCCAGCUCUCCUUGUUUUCUGUGUGGGCAUCGCUGCUGGGCCCUGGGGGCAGCCACAGGUCUGGCCAUCAUGCCUCUGGAGAAUGGGUAUGGGCUUAAUCAGGCCCCUGGCACAGGAGAGCAGUGGGGGGACAGAGUCACAGCUGAGACCCUGCAGAGCAGAGGCUGCUUUUUUGUGCUUCAUGGAUCUUGUCGCAGCUUUGUAUUGAGAGAGCGCCAGCCCAAGGAAAUGAAGAUCCCAGGAGAUCUAGGUCUGGGCUAGGAGGCUCUUAGCAGCCCGCCUCACAGUAUUUCCCAGUCUAAGCAAGAAACCAAAGAUACCAACCUAUUGUCUAUUUCUGACUUCACAUCCAUCUGUCUUGGAAAAGGUUUGCCCAGCUGUGGUACAGCAGUGGGAACGUAUGAGGCCCGGCAGACUGGCCUGCUUGGGGCUUCCUGGCACUCACUGGUAUAGGCAAACUCCCGGGUAUCCGAUGGAAAAGAACUUGGCUUAAGGUAGAGAAGAAAGAACAGGAAGAUGGGAUUUAAGCUGUAAUUUAUUAUCCUCUAGCUUUGUUUUGCACAAGUAUUUAUCUUCUGGUUUGGACUUGUACCUAAAAUGUUAAAGUCGUAUCUGGAAAGUAUAUUCCUCAGCUUUUUGGUUUGAUGUACUCUUCUCUCCAUUAUCCAAUGUUGGUGUCUAUUCUUCUUCAGUCCAUGUUGCUUUAUUAGAGUAUACCACAGGUCCGCAUAGAAGGUGCCCUUUUAGGAAAGAGAUUGCUUUUGUGCCUCCUAGCGUUUUUAAAAAUAGGUAUUGAACUAGCCUUACCUUAAAGGAGGACAGAGAUGACCCAGUGUCUGGGGUGGGAGGCAGGAAAAUUAACUCCUAUAAUGGGGUGCUGGUAGCAAACUCCCAUGAUGACCCUACUUGGAAUUGGAAACUGGCUCAUCUGUCUGAAUUCGAUAUAGGCCUCCUCCAGAGUAUUGUGUCCAGGGGUUUUCAAAAUGAAGUCAGAAAUUUGAUCUGGAAAUACAUUAUAGAGAACUGGAAAACCCACACGGUUGCGGGAAACAGCCAGAUUCAGAGAAUGGUGUAGACAUAACAGAGGAGAAACAGCAGAAUCCCGAGGCUACCAAAGAGCAAAUCCUGAAGGGUUCGGAGGAAUGACCCUCCAUCUAGGCCGAUAUGAAGACACUGUGCAGCAGGUGGGUGAUGAUGGGAAUUCCUUGGUGGGCAAAAUCAUGGUAAUGUAGAGUAUUCCAAUCAAAGUAAGGGGUGAGGCCCUUAGAAAUGUGUAUUUUGUAAUGUGUUUGAGAAAAAUUUGUAAAGAUACUGGCAUGCUUUAAAAUGUCCCAGAGGGUGGUCACUUUCCCAUGUGACAGGCUCCCAGACACUGUGCUAUUUGCUGGAAGGCACAGGGGGCGCAGACCCUUACCUGCAGCCCCGAGGUUGGCGUCACUGUGUCUAGCCUGACGAUCCUGGGCAGUGAAAGCCACUGCAGGGUUCCUGGAACCUCACACAUAAUUUCUCCAUUCAUAAUGCAGGGUCUGAGGUAAAGUUCUAGAUGGCGUGAAUUUUAUGAUUCAAAUUAUAGGCUGAGCACUAGGGUAUUUAAAAUAGAUUUUUAGAAAUGACCAAGUAAAUGUUUUUAAAAAUUUAAACAAAGAAAUUCCAGGUGAGUUUAGCCUAAAAUACCAUUUCUUUGGGGGGUGGGUGGGUAAAUUACAAUUUCCCAGCCAUGAAAUGGAGACUCUGGAAUAACCAAUUAGAGAGAUGUGAUUUUCAUGAUCAGUAGAUAUACUUCCUUUCUCUGGUAUUUAGAGGAAUCGUGAAAUUGCCCCCCUUUUUCUAGUACUGUCUUGGAAAAUACUUUGAUGUACUGAUGGAUUGGAAUUGAGGUCUGUGUCACGUGUAGGGAGGAUGCAUCCAGUUCUUUUUUGGGUCCUCAGGAGUACCUUUUCCUUAGCAAGUGGCUUUAAGUCAGAUGUAGUUGUUGAUUUUCAAUCCACUGAGACAUCAUGGAGCCAUGGUGUUGUCAGGAGAACAUCCUCUUACACUUAGAAUCCAGAGACAGGAUAUGAGACUGUUCAGGUUGCCUGUUCAGGUUGGGCAGCCAGUGGUACUCAGGGUGGAAAGAUGUUUUGACAUCUCUGAAUCGGCAUGGUUGCCAUGGUUACAUGGGUUGACUUGUAGAUCUGUUUAGAGGUUCAGGAGUGUAUAAGGGCUGCUCAUUCUAAAUCUGGAUCAGUGUGCCUAGGUCGUUUUCACGGGAGAAGCGCUGCCCUGGCCGGGGUGGGGCGUGAUGUGAAAUGUGUGCAGCAUAAGCUCCAGUUCUCAUUUAAGGGCAGUUCAGUUUAAUUGCUAAUUACCAGUCCUGUAUUUACUGAAAUGGCUGUCAAGCUUGCCAUUUUUAUGAAACACUUUAUUGCAGGACAGCUAUUAUUGCACGUGCUACUUCAAGUCACUGGCCCAAGCCGGUGUAAUUUGUGGCUUGCUGUGAAUCUCGGCCAGCUCUGCAGUGUUAGCUUUUCCUGGAACCAGCAGUCGGUCCUCUGGUGGCUGGGGCCACCCAGCUCUCAGUCAUUAAGAAGGUAUUCUCAGGCCCCUUCUCGCUUCAACCAUCAUUCUAUAAAUCACACAGCACUAAUUCUCCAUCAGAUCACAGCUUAAAACAGAACUCUGUCGAACUGGUUUAUACUCCAUCCUUAAAUCACAUCACUGACGAAACAUUUUAAGAAAAUGGAGUUGACGUUUUUCCUUUUUGAAUGACCAUCAUAAACCUAAUGCUUUAGAAAGAGCUCUUGGAAGACUAAGAAUUGUUUUCAGGAUAAUUUUGCCUCAGUAAAUCCUCUCUACAUUCAGGCAUUUAUUAGGCCAUUACUUGUUUUGGAGGACAGAUUAUCCUGGCAGCUCAUUAACUGGAUAAACGGGUUUAGUGUAAGAUUUUUGGUGAGGUCCUACAGGGAAGAGGACAGGAGGAAAAGUGGGGGGAAGCCUUUAGUUCUUUGGCGUCUGCACUUGGGAUUCUAAGACAGAGGAUCAUUUUAGCUAGGACUGACCCUUCCCAUCAGGUCACUGUGAAUUCCGUUCCCGUCUCACGACAUGUGAGUAAACCUCACUGUCAGCCACACAAGUUACAAGGCUGCCAAUAGGCACCGUCGCUAUGCAUUCGAUAUGUAGUUCAGGCAUCUUUUGGGGAACUUAGAUUUACUAUGUCAUUUCAGAACCUGACAAGGGUGAUGGAAGCUCUUAGGCCAGAUUAUAAAUUUCAUGCAGCUGAGGCUGCAGAAGUCUGUGCUUCCGAGUAGGUCUGUUAACUUUUUAUUGGGACAAGUCUGCAAAAGACCUGUAAGGAGGCCCCUUUUUGCCCUGGAGAUAUUUUUAAGAGGGAAUUUGAUCUUACUUAAAUGAUUUUUGCUAAUUUGUUUGGCUAAGGGAGGCAAUGGGAGAGGAUUUCAGUCAGAUUCUGUCCAUCUCCUGCUGUAGGGUCAACUGUGUUCACAAAUAAUCCAUGGAUACAUUAGUCUAAAACCUGCCAGGGAAGCAUGGUAGCCAUUGCCAUGCUGCUUUUGGUAAUGGUAAAUAACAAUGGCCUUUGAGAGAGACUCAGUGUGUGUUUUUCCACCAAUAGUCACUAUGUAGAACCCUUGAAAGGCUGCAGCACAUCCAGUAGAAAUGAGAAACACGGUGUGAACUGUAGGUCAUUCCCAUAAGCUGUGUAUUGAAUUAACUAACUCAAAGCUCUAGGAGGGUGUGUACUUUCAAAAAUUCCCUAGCCUGCCUUCUUCCAGAUAAGCAAUAAUUACAAAAGUGUAUGUGUGUGUGUGUGUAAGCUCAGCUAAAACAUGCCAAACUUGGUAUAAACAACAAUUAGCUAGGACUGACCCUUCCCAUCAGGUCACUGAAUUCCGUUCCCGUCUCACGACAUGUGAGUAAACCUCACUGUCAGCCACACAAGUUACAAGGCUGCCAAUAGGCACCGUCCUGGGGCGUGUAUACUUUGAACGAUAGGAAGAGAAGUUCACCAUGUUGCAGAAGCCUGGACAGAGUCAAGUAGCUCCUUCCUAGACCCAGAUGUCCAGGAUUUAAAAGCCUACUGGUUGGCAGCACCAACCUUCCCAUACCAAAAGGCCCCACAGAAAGCUGUCCACUAAUUUUAUUAUAUAAAUUCAAUCACUGUUCACUGAAGUUAUUCUGUGCCACACUGUGUGCCAAGUGUUGAGGCUGAUGUUCACCUCCCACCAGAACCAACCAACCAACUCAUUUUCAACUAAUAGAACACAUGGUUUGGGCCAUGGUUUAUGGCCAGGUAGAGCUGGGUCAUGCCGACCUGAAGAAGAGCCAGUUUUCCAACACACCCCCACCCCCAGCCUAUAGGUGUGUGGGUUCCAAUGAAAGACGGCAAUGGCUUUACCCGUGGCACCAACUCAUACAUUUUAAUGAAAUUUUCAUCAGAACAGCAAACAACCAGACUAACUUCUCACUCAUGGAAAGACUAUGAGCAGAGCCAUACUUGUGAAUUUCUGACACUGUUGUGCAAGCACAUCUUUUGACUGUAUGGUCAGGUUCCAAGUAACAUACCUGAGCUGUGCUUUGACUUUUUCUAUUACCAGUUACAACACACCUGUCCAAUUUUCAGGAUGUCAGAAGUGGGCAUGCAAGAUCAUGGGGCAAUUGUCAGAGGUUGACAGUCAUCAAUGUAAAGAUCAGUUCUCAUGAUGGCAUUUUUCUCUGGAAAUGAUCCAUACUACAGUUUACAUUGGAUGUAACAGGUUGGGUAAAUGUCUUCAUGCAGCUGCCCCCAAAGCCUUGAUUUAAAAUGGCCUGGAAAGUUCCCCGAGUGUCUUCUGUAGAGUUUGAUGUCCAAGAAGCCAGACUUUUGGUGAAAAAGGAAUUUGUAAAACCAAGCUGAACCAUGUUAUUUCUAACAGUGAUCCUGCCAGAAUUGGUCUUUGAUUGCCUUUGCCCCUCUGUAAUUCAGACUUGCAAGGCGAGGGGAGGGAAUGGACGCUGCCUUUUUUCUCUCAAAAAGAAAAAUACUUUACUCCAAGGUCCAGUAGUUUUCAGUAUUGGAACAGAAUGGAUGAGGGGCACACAGCCUCCUGGGUGAGGUGACACAGUCCCUCACAAUCCUAAGUUGUUUUUUUUUUUAAACCUUACCUCUUCAUGCUUGUCUGGAAUAAAGGACACAGCUGGUCUCCUUUCUGUCCCUGCCUUCUCGAUGCUUCUGUCACACUCUUAGGGAAGUCCUGAGUAACCGCCAGCUGCUGGAGCACCAUCCGUUGCCACGCUGGCCACAGGGAGGGUCUGCUCUUCUCCAGUCUCCCAGCUGCCCCUGCGGCACUACUAGUGAUGGCAAUGCCCGGACUCUUCUUAGUAGGCUAGGGGAAUUCAGCGUAAACGCGGAGACUCCAGAGUCUGGUCUGUUCCUUAUGCCACGGUUUGACAUGUGCUUUUAAAAAGGAGCAUUUGAGAAAUUGGUCUUUAAGCACUCUGAGCCAGAGGUAACAGGCAUGCAGUGCACGGAGGGACGCUCCAGUGCGGUAGACAGAUGGCAUUACUGUCCCCAGCACAGGGGCAAGGGCAACCCAGGCUUCAUGAAGAUGUUAACCGCACCGGAAUUACUGGUAAAGGUCAAGAUUUUGAUGUACUAGUUGAUAAUCUUAUUCUUUCCAGGCAAAACAAAUCAGUUUAAUGUUACAGCUUUUUUCCUUUUUAUCCUUUUUCUGGCCUGGGCGGUGGGGCAGAAGAGUUAUCAACUGCACAAUCUUUGAAGUGUAAGUUAAUUUUUUAUGUGAUAUUUCAGUAUAUAUUUUAUUCAUUAAAUUUAUUUGAAAACUUC